AUGCCAAAGAAUACCCAGAAGCACCCAGUCAUCGCCCAUGAACUUUCAAAUGCAUUGGUUACGUUGCGAGUUUCUAAUAUUUACGACCUCUCAUCAAAGAUUUUCUUGGUGAAAUUCGCGAAACCAGACAACAAACAGCAGAUCCUCAUAGAUUCGGGAUUUCGAUGUCAUCUCACCGACUUCUCUCGAGCGACUGCAGCUGCUCCUAGUGUAUUCGUACAGCGAUUAAGGAAAUACUUAAAGACAAGACGGGUCACACAGGUUUCUCAAGUUGGGACGGAUCGCAUAAUCGAGUUUCAAUUCAGUGAUGGACAAUACAGGUUAUAUUUGGAAUUCUAUGCCGGUGGGAAUAUCAUUCUCACAGACAAGGAGCUGAACAUCUUAACCUUGCUCCGAGUGGUCGAUCCAGGAGAAGCUCAAGAAGAAUUACGUGUGGGACUCAAAUAUUCUUUGGAAAAUCGACAGAAUUAUGGAGGAAUUCCAGAUUUGACUAGAGAACGCCUUAAGGAAGCUUUACAAAAGGGUGCAGAUAAGGGGGAGGAUGAUUCCGGAAAGAAGAAGAAGAAGCCUGGGGAUGCGCUACGUAAAGCUUUAGCUGUGUCCAUUACAGAAUUCGCUCCGAUGCUAGUAGAUCACGCAAUGCGUAUCACGAAUUUCAAUCAUUCUCUCAAGCCGUCUGAAGUCUUGCAGAGCGAAGAUCUCUUGGAUCAUUUGAUGAGAUCACUUCAAGAAGCUCAACGAGUUGUUCAAGAGAUCACCAGUUCCGAAACUUCAAAAGGAUACAUAAUAGCGAAGAAAAAGGACUCUCAAGUUACAUCAGAUGAUAAUCAAGCUGAGGACCGGAAGGGGUUACUUUACGAUGAUUUUCAUCCAUUCAAACCACGACAAUUUGAGGACGAUCCAACAUUGGUCUUUUUAGAAUUUGAAGGCUUCAACAAAACUGUUGAUGAGUUCUUUUCCUCAAUCGAAGGACAAAAACUUGAAUCGAGACUGGAAGAGAGAGAAUUGAACGCCAAAAAGAAGAUUCAGGCAGCACGAAAUGAACAAGCCAAACGUCUAGGCGGGUUACAGGAAAUUCAGGCACUCAAUGAACGUAAAGCUAGUGCUUUGCAAGCUAAUGUUGAACGGGUCCAAGAGGCCAGAGAUGCCGUCAAUGGCCUAAUCGCGCAAGGCAUGGAUUGGUUCGAGAUUGGACGUCUAAUUGAAUUGGAGCAGAAACGCAAAAAUCCGGUAGCUUCAAUGAUCAAAUUACCUCUGAAACUUGAUCAGAAUACAGUCACUCUUUUGCUGGAUGAGGAGGUUUUCAACGAUGAUGAGGAUUCAAGUUAUGAGACGGACAGUGAUGUGUCCGACAGCGAAGACGAAGAGAAGGCUGCUAAACCCGUUGAGAAGGAAGAAAAGGCUACAGAGACACGACUCGCGAUUGAUAUCAAUCUAUCAUUAUCACCUUGGGCAAAUGCACGUAAUUACUUUGAUCAAAAACGUUCAGCAGCAUCAAAAGAAGACAAGACCUUGCAAUCAUCUUCUAAGGCGUUGAAAAGCACCGAAGCGAAGAUUGCUCAGGAUUUAAAGAAAGGCUUGAAGCAAGAAAAGACUAUUUUACGACCCGUGAGAAAACAGAUAUGGUUUGAAAAAUUCGUUUGGUUCAUAUCUAGCGAUGGAUAUCUAGUUCUUGCAGGCAAAGACGCACAACAAAGUGAAAUCCUGUACAAGAGAUAUCUUAGGAAAGGGGAUAUGUACUUACAUGCAGAUAUAAGCGGUGCAGCCUCGGUCAUUGUGAGGAACAACCCAAAGACACCCGAUGCCCCAAUUCCUCCACAAACCCUCAGUCAAGCUGGAACUUUGGUUGUUGCUACGUCUAGUGCUUGGGAUUCUAAAGCUGGUAUGUCUGCUUGGUGGGUUAAUGCAGAUCAAGUAUCGAAAGCAGCUCCUACGGGUGAAUUUCUUCCCGCCGGUAAAUUCACGAUUCAAGGGAAGAAGAAUUUUUUACCUCCUGCACAGCUCCUUCUUGGCUUUGGUAUCUUAUUUCAAAUCAGUGAUGAGAGUAAAGCUAGACAUGUCAAACAUAGAUUUCAAGAUGGUGAGCCAGUGGGUGACUCGACCACAGAUGCUACUGCGGCUGGGGAUUCUAUCCUUGACGAUGAAGGUUCCGAAGACGAGUUGAAUCAAUCUGAUAAAGAUGAGCCGAAGACUGAAAAAGACGUUGACCAGGUUAAUCAUCAAGAUAAGGAUGAUUCAGAUGAGGACGACGUUGAAUCGAAGCCUAAUCCUUUACAAAGUGAAACAGAAAAAAUUCACGAAGCAAUUUUACAAGAGAAAACCGAGAAUCUGCAAAUCGACGAUAAAGUUGCUCAGCCACCGACCUCUGAAACACAAAUAGAGGAAUCGGAUGAAGAAGAUUCUGUCAAGGAGUCACAGCCUACCAACCAUGGUAAAAAAGCUACAUCUAUUCAAAAUCAACCCAAAAAGGGUCCUGCACCAGCCAAGCGAGGCAAGAAAGGAAAGGCCAAGAAAAUUGCACAGAAAUACAAGGAUCAAGAUGAAGAAGAUCGAAUAGCUGCUCAAGAAAUCAUUGGAGCUGCCGCCGGUCAAGAAAAGGCCGAAGCCGAAGCAAAAGCUAAAGCAGCUCGAGAAGCCGAACUUGCAUUCCAAAAAGAACGUCGAAGAGCACAACAUGAACGUACACAAAAAGAAACAGCCGAACACGAACAGAUGCGUAAAUUAAUGCUUGAAGAUGGUAUCGAUACUCUCGAAGACAACGAGGCCGAAAAAAUGACAUCUCUAGAUACAUUUGUAGGUCUUCCAUUACCAGGUGAUGAAAUCCUAGAAGCAAUUCCUGUUUGUGCACCCUGGGCCGCAAUGGGAAAAUAUAAAUACAAAGCGAAGAUUCAACCCGGUGCGCAGAAGAAGGGGAAAGCCGUGAGAGAAAUUCUGGGAAAAUGGAUCGCGGCUGCUAGUGCAAAAAAUGUUUUGGAUGAAUCGAGUUUGGAUAUUGAGAGAAUAUGGCCGAGGGAAUUAGAUCUUAUUAAGGGUUUGAAACCCGAGGAAACGACGAAUGUGGUUCCGGUUGGGAAAGUUAGGGUUAUGAUGGCUGGUGGGUCGGCGGGGGCGGCGGCGCCGAAGGGUGAGAAGGGGAAGAGUGGUGCGGGUGGUGGUGGUGGUAGAGGUGGUAAGGGUAGUAAGAGGAGGUAG